AUGGCCGCCGAUAUGGUCUCCGAGUCUCCGAACUGGCCGAGCCCUAGAUCCAAGUCCCGCGGCCAUUUCAGAGGCCAUGUCACCCCAUUAUAUGUCUGUGAUUGCCGCAGGCAGCAAAGUAAAGGGGGUGUGUGUGGUGAUGCUGCUACCUACAGUGUGGCGCAGGUUCAUUCGAUGAGGCGAUGCACACUGGACCACCACAACCCUAACUUACUACAAGCGCGUGUUCUCAAAUAUCUAUCUCCUCAAUACUAUCUCGUUCGAGAAGUCCGAGAGAAUAGCGGCCAGGAAGAUAAAUUACUCCAUUGA